AUGCAUGACGAACGUGAAAAGAAGCAGCAGCUAGAAUUGUGCCUUAACACUGGAUGCUCUAUUACAAAGAACGGUCAGUUUAAAUUGGCAAUUGAAAAGUUUCAAGAAGCUCUCAAAUUGGCUGAGGAACUAAAAGACGAAAAACAAGUAACCAAUGUAAAUAUUAGUUUAGGAAAUGCUCAUAGAUUAAACAAUCAGAUUCAAAAGCAGCUCAGCACUAUCAAAAAGCCUUGGAAAUUGCAAUAGAACGAGGAUAUAAACGAGAGGAAAUAAACGCACGCUUUGGGUUAGGAAAGGUCCAUAGAGGAAACAAUCAGAUUCAAACGGCACGUCAGCACUAUGAAAAAACUUUGGAAAUUGCAAUAGAACGAGGAUAUAAACGAGAGGAAACAAACGCAUACCGAGGAUUAGGAGAUGCUUAUAGAUUAAGCAAUCAGAUCCAAAAGGCAGUUCAGCACUAUGAAAAAGCCUUGGAAAUUGCAAUAGAACGAGGUUACAAACGAGAUGAAACAAACGCAUACCGAGGAUUAGGAGAUACUUAUAGAUUAAGCAAUCAGAUCCAAAAGGCAGUUCAGCACUAUGAAAAAGCCUUGGAAAUUGCAAUAGAACAAGGAUAUAAACGAGCGGAAACAAACGCAUGCCGAGGGUUAGGCAAUGCUUAUAGAUUAAGCAAUCAGAUUCCAAAAGCAGUUCAGCACUGUGAAAAAGCCUUGGAAAUUGCAAUAGAACAAGGAUAUAAACUAGAGGAAACAAACGCAUACCUUGGGUUAGGAGAUGCUUAUAGAUUAAGCAAUCAGAUUCAAAAGGUAGUUCAGCACUAUGAAAAAGCCUUGGAAAUUGCAAUAGAACGAGGAUAUAAACGAGAUGAAGCAAAGGCAUACUGUGGAUUAGGAGAUGCUUAUAGAUUGAACAAUCAGAUUCAAACGGCAAGUCAGCACUAUAAAAACGCAUUGGAAAUUGCAAUAGAACGAGGAUAUAAACGAGAUGAAGCAAAGGCAUACU